CAUAAGUAAUUGUAGUUUAAUGGAAGAUGACAAAACUAAUAAUAUGGGGGUUCCAUGUCCAAAUCCUAGUUAUAGCAUAAACUAAUACCCCUAUUUUUUGAUGUUCUAGCCCAAUCCAAAGGUGUGCCAUGGAACACCCUAUUUACAUGCUACCUCCGCCCCUGACUGUAGAGGUGCAACUCAACCCUCAUUUUGCAGUUUGUUUGAUAUGUCGAGAGAAGCAUAUAUAUGGGUUUUGCAUGCUUCCAUUCCUUUGCGAUUUACCCUCAGUACCCCUCCUACGACCGCAAAACAAUCCCAGUCUAUUGCUAAUAGUCGUUGGCCCUUCUCCAAUCUCGAUCUCAUAGCCUCCUACAUCCCAGCUAGUACUCCAAAGAAUUACGCUCUCGGAUAAAAGUCAUGUACGUACACUUCGAGAUUCGGUAAUUCACGACUUUUUGGAUUUUCAAAAAAUCGCGCUUCUUUAUUAUAGGGCGGGAUUGUGGGACCUAAAUCCACGAGUUGAGUAACCUAAGUUGUUCCUCUCAACAUCUGUCUUCUUUUUUUUCUUAAUUAACUCUAGUUUAGGUUGGUGAACAAAUUUGAUUCUCCAAUCAUAUAAAAUUAUUUCGCGUCGAUUUUAACAAACAAAAAGAAAUUAUUUGGCGUACAAGAAAAGAAAAAAGCACCCUCGUGGUCAUUUUAUGUCGACUCUUGAUUUCAAAAACUCAACUAAACUGACAAUAUAGACCGACCACGCCAACUGACGUACGUACAGUACAGAUUGCAAUCCAUAAUAUUGAACCAUCACCAUUCAUUCACCACUAUUUGUGUAAACAGUAAACCUUAUCUUUUGACCAAAAAAAGCCAAACAUAUAUAUUAUGCGUCCAUACUAAACUUAUUAUGCGUCGAUGAUUUCCCCAUCUCCCUCCUCCACCCUCUCUCUCUAGCAAUAAAUUAAAUCCUAGCCGUCAAAGAGCUCCAUCACCGACCUCAAUUACCGACGCCCGUCUCCAUCACCGUCGCUCAAACCGUACGUCUCCCCGUCAAACUUCCGACAAGCCAAUGUAAUAAACUAGCUCAGACACCCAUCCCCAAACCCUCAUUUAUUUUCAUACAAUAAGAACUCUCACCUACCACCCGGCCGGCCAUGCCAGCACGUUCUCGUCAUGUUGAAUAACCUAGCUACCAAGUGGGAGUGAUUUGACUGAUUUCGCCCAAAGAAGUUGGGAAGAUGUGAUAAUAAGAUUUUCAAUGAUCCGGACAUGGUCUGGACUAGUGUUUUUUUGUUUGAUUCCUCUUGCCUCUAAUAAUAAAUCGUCGGUGGCACAUAAUUCAAAUCAAUUUCGACCAGGAAAAAAGACAUGCAAUGAGUAAAUUCAUGUAUAUGUUACCAGCUGGUUAUAGUCGUUUCGAUUUAAAAUCCGGGUACGAUCGAUUUCUACCACCAAGCACAAUCAUGUUGAAAAUCCAAGAAAGUAAUUCUUAUUUUUCUUCAGCGCUUCGUAAACCAAAUUCCUCCGUCGUAUGACGAUCGACGAGCUAGAUUCCACCGGGAAAGCUCGCAUAUAACAAGCUAGAUUUUUUUGGUUAAUUAUUCAUAAACUCAAAUCUUCAUAUUAAUUUACCAAACCAAUUAUUUUUGGUUUCGAUAUUUGAGUAGUUCGAAACUUGAUUCUGAUUUAGCAGGGCCAGAUUUUCCCACCACAGAGAGUCAGACUCAGAGACAGCACAUAUAUAGAAAGAAAAAAAAAACAAAAGUAGUAAUUAUUUGUCUGUCCUCAGCUACCUCUUCAGCCUUAUCAUUGUUUUUCCUUUCCCGUCUGAUAGUUCAUGCAAAUACAGUCAUUAAUUAAGUGGCAAUAUAUAUAUGCAUUAUGCAUCGCAUCCCGCGCUUCGGUCGCCGGCUACGGCUCAUUCCAAUUCCAAUUCCAAUUCCAAUUGGAGGCCAGGUGGGUGAAGUAAAGGAAGGAUAAGUUUUUUGUGUGACCGGAGAUCGAUUUUAGUUUGGGGAAGCUGUAGGGAUUUUCGUUUUUCGAAAUAAUAGUUGUAGGGUUAGUGUAAAAUUUCCAUAGGAAGGAACUUGUGAAUACAUUACAUUUCUGUCAUUAAAUUACUACAAAACCUGUAUAUUUUAUAAUAUUCUGGUUAAAUCGAGUUAAAAUGAUCAGAUCAUUAACGUUUAUCCCACUUGAUCAACCGGGCGAAACCGCAACUUUGAUAUUGCUUUUAGUUAGAACAUUGAAUGUGUCACCGACCGACGAUUUUGUUUUCUAUAUUUGGAUCCGUUUGAACUUACUUGUUGGUUAUUAGUUUAAAUUUGAUAGAUUACUUAAUUAGUCUAAACAGUAAGUACAAGAGCAUAGCUUCAAAAAUCAUGAGUCGAAUUAAGUGAUCAUUAAAAUUUUACAUAUAAUGUAGUAUUCGAGGUCGGAGAAUAAGACAGUUGGAAGUCUCGAUCACUAGCUCCCUCUAGCUCCGAAAACAAACAUAUUAAUAUUGAACAGAACUUGAAAUUAUCGUGAAUAUAUAUAAACCUGAAUUUACUGUUCUAGACCGAAAUUAUCUUAAACCGUAGCUCACAUCCCUUGAAUCCAUCUCGGCUAUGCAUGCCAUAUUGCCUUGCUGAUACUUAAUAAAUUGAAUUUUUAAUUCUUUUUUACGACAAGAAAAGAAUCGUUAAUUACCAGUUUACCACCAUUGUCAUUUUUCCCCCACAUGUUAUACAUUUUAAGAAUUCAUGCUCAGAUCUAAGAAGGAUUAUCAACAGGGAUGGGAUUAGGUGCUAACCCUUAUAGGGAUUAGUACCGUGAUAACUAGCAAAAAAUGCUACUAAAAUAAUGAAAUCACUACGGAUUAUUAUAAAAUCAAUACAAUAUCUAAGCUAAAUCACUACUAAUUCAAACUAGUAGUAGUUUUUCCCUUGAUUAGGAUGGUGCUAACUAUUGUACAAUUAGCACCGUAGCCGUUCCCUUAUCAACAAAACCAAUAAGUUUUUCCUCCACAUCUAACUCAAUAAAUAUCGGCAAUACCGAGUGAGUUGAGAGCCACCAAACCAAAUCAAAUCAAACCAAUCUUCUUCUUCUUCAAUCGACCGUCGUCAUGGCCUACAACUACCCGGUGAUCGAUCUGGCCCCUUUCAUCACCGGCGGCGAUGCUAAGAAGAAGGAGGAGGUGAUAGAGAAGCUGAGGGAAGCUUGCUCCGACUACGGCUUCUUCGUGGCGGUCAACCACGGCAUUCCGGACCAAAUCAUGGACAAAACCAUGGACGCGACCAUUGAUUUUUUCAACCUCGAUUUGGAGGAGAAACUCAACAUCACCACUCCGCCGGGAGCUCCUUUCGCCGCCGGCUAUACCAAGGAGCCGGCCAAAUCGGAGCAUUGGCAGAUGUGCACCCCCGCCCCCACCAACGUUUUCCCGGCCAACCCUCCACACUUUAAGGAGACAACGGAGGAAAUGUGGUGGAAGUUGGAUGAAGCGGCGGUGUUGGUCCAGAGCUUGUUGAACGACUGCCUGAGACUCCCGAAAGGAACGUUGGCCAAGUACAACGACGACAGGGGAACCGAUGUUCUGAUGGGAUUCCACUACCUGCCGGCGACGGAGACCGACCAGACCGCGGUCAACGCCCACAGGGACAGCGGUCUCUUUACUUUUGUGUUCGGGAAUGAAGUUGAAGGUCUUGAGUUUCUGAAAGAUGGCGAGUGGAUUCCCAUCGAUCACAUCCCUCAUUCCCUCGUUAUCAACGUCGCUGAUGCCCUCCAGGCACUGAGCAACGACAAGAUGAAGAGCCCAACCCACAGAAUAUUGGCGCAGCCGGGGAUAAGCCGAUACGCCUUCGUGUACGCUUACUUGGUAGCAGAAGACAAAUGGGUUGAGCCGAUGCCCGAGCUGAUUGGUCAGACCAACGAGUCACCCAAGUUCAAGAAGUUCAAUAUCAAAGAGCACAUGGCGCUGAAGCACGUCUUCAAGAACCCUCCCCACUGGAACGACGUCGUCGGCGUUCAUUACCAUGCCAUUGCUCCCUCCGUCGGCGCCACCGCCGUCACCACCAACUGAUCGCUGUUGUUUGAAAUCUCGAUUGUUCGAUGUUGGCCGUACGUAAGAAUAAUUGUUCGUUGUUGGCCGUUAGUUGGCAAGAGUGGACUGUGUCGAGGUAAUGUGAUUGUGUCUCGGUUUGAUAAAAUAAUUAAGGGUCCGUUUGGCGAAUGUCAUUUAUUGUGCAAGGUGUUUUUAUAAAAUGCGUGUAUGUGGUUUUAAAGGAUAAAAUGGGUAGGAUAAUGCGAUAUAUAUCUGGCAUCCGGCACUUAUUAAUCACUAACAUUUUAUCUCGAGUUUUUAUUUAUUCCAAGGUAGAUCUCACGAGUAAACUCCCACACAAAAAAAAAAAAAAAAAUCUCACGAGCAUGUAAUUGCUUUUUUGUAAUUAAGGUUUAUUUGAGAGAUUUGAAGAAAUUCGAACCUACUACUUUCAAAUUCUAGGCUAGUGGUAUUAUUAUUAUAAAAAAUCUUCAAUUAAUAAAAAUUUGAGUUCUCCCGUUGGCGAGAGUUUUUCGGAUAGAAAUCCAACUGGGUAUCUCGCCGUAGUUUAAGUUUCGGACUACAUUUGAAAAUCGCAAUCAUAUGGUUGUCGUCUACAAGAGAGGUCCAUAGUAGUUGUAGACAAGGAGAAGGAAAAAUUUUCCGUUAUAUAGCAAUGAAAGCAAGAGUGAGUGCUUUUUUCCCCCUUCAACAGUAUAAGAAACACUAGCUCUACCUCAAGCGAGCUAGGGUUUACUAACCGACCCAAGCCACCCGAAAAAUAGAAGUUUUUAUAACUCAAAACCCAAAUGACGUGAAAUUGAUUAAUUCAUAAUUUUUUGGUCUGAUUGGGUGGGUUAGCGGGUCGUCCCGUUAUACUCAUUUCAUUUCAUAUGUUACUCCCAAAAUGAUAAAAUCACUCAUUUAUUAGUGAGAUGUUUAAAAUAAUUCACAAGAAUGUGAAAGAUAUGUUUGGAGUUCAAGAAUAAUCAAAUAUAAUGUGUUUCUUGUUUUAGUAUUACUUUUGUGAUUAUUUUUUGACAUAUGUUAAUCAACGCGUGUUAGGUAAAAAUGGGUGCCGAAGGUAGUAUUGUUGGCUCUUACUUUCCCCACUCCUUGUUGCCGAUGGCCGAUGGGUAAUCCUCUCACCUCAGCUUCGGCUGUCCUGCCAAAAAUUUAAAGACAAUGUUUCCAAUCGCCCCACCGCCUGCUCCAGCCAGCAAUUAGCUUCUCCUCUAUGAGUCUCCGAAUGAAAGUUCUCCGAACUCUUAUGUAAUAAAUUGUUGGAUCAUAUAAGAUCUGGCGGUGGUGAUUGUUCAUCCAUCGAGAUCGGAUUUCUCGAUCUCAAGUCAAAUCGUAGAAGAAUGGUGGCGGCAACAGUUAGAAAUAGCUGCGAUUUCAGAUGAACGACGAGGACGACGACGGGGAUUUCAGAUCUCCCAAGGACGGUUUACUGAGGACGGCGGCGACGACAGUUAAAGAGAACUAGCAUAUCGAAGAACGACGAACGCCAAGAUAAGAGAUGCGAGAGAAUGGCAGCGGCGGGAUUCAGAUUUUCCAAGGACGGGGGAGGCAAGAGUUAGCGGGUGCGUGCUCUGGAUGGUGGAGGAGUCGGAUCGGUGGCGGAUUUUAUGGAGAAUUCAGUUGGGGAGGUUUGUUGGAGGGUUGUGAUUUCCUGGGGAAUUAAUCCUCGGAUGGUAAAGUUAGAGACGUAGGAGGGUUUUUUGGCAUGAUUUUUUUCUUCCUUAUAAUGAGGUGUAAAUUAGUUUUUUAAUUUUUAAUUUUUUAAUUUGACAUGUCAUUAGUUUAACGGUCUAGUCAACUGUUCUGUUUGUCACGUUAUCAAAAAAACUGACGGAGGUAACGGAAACAGACGGCUCGUGGCCAAACGCGAAACAAUUUGUAAAGUUAGUGGCGAAUAAAAAAGGAAAGUAAUU